CGCAUUGUUAUUCUCUUUGCUGGCAAGCACAGACUAUUCAUCCAGGCAAGCCAAGGCAUUUUAGUGGCAACAUGGUGGCAACAUUUUAAUAAACAUGGCCGCAUGUUGAACGACUAGACGAUUUUCUUUACUGUUUGCCAGAAAAAGUGAUACACGCAAUUUGUGAGCGGGAUAAUAGUGUUAUUUUGCAUAGCAAGAAGACUGAUUAGUUUGUGGCUAAGUUACAGUGGGCUCAAAGAUGAUGCAUCACCCGAACAUGCAUCAUCAGGCUAUGUCGGGGCACCCGCCGCAGCACCUGGCGAGCCACCAGGGCUUGCCUGGACAUCAUCAGAUGCCGCCCCAUCAGAUGCACAGGGAAAACAGGCACGUAACCCUCACUAGGGUGCCGUUGGGUCCGUCGGGCGGCGGGCACGCGCACGGACUCGCGCACGGACACACGCACGGUCACGGUCACGGUCACACGCACGGUCACGGACACACGCACACGCACGGGCACGGGCUGGGCGGCGUGGCGGUGCACCACGCGCCCGCGCCCGCGCCCGCCCCCGGCCCUGGCCCCGGCCCCGGCCCCGCGCCGCCCCCGCGCGCGCCCCAUCCGGCCCGCGCGCUGCACCACCACGCCUCUGCUAUUCCGCCGCAACAGAUGAAGCCGAUGCGGCGGGCGUACGGCGCGGGCGGCGUGGGCGGGGCGGUCGGUCCGGGCGGCGCGUACGGCGCGGGCGGCGUGCUGCCCCCGCCCUACCGGCACCAGGCGCCCAUCCACCACCCGCACACUGGACUGCGCAGAUCUUCGUCGCCGCUCACCUUGGGAAAGAAAAAGCUUAUGUCAGACUUCGGCGCCAAGAUGAACGGGGACGUGUACACGGUGGUCCCCGCCCCGCCCGGCGCGGUGGUCAGCGCGGCGGGGGACACGGUGGGCGACGCUGCGCCCCCGCAGUCUGCCGCCGCCGCGGGUGUGGAGGCGGGCGGGGGCGCGGGCGCGGGUGCUGGUGCGGGUGCGGAAGCGGCGGCGCCGGGCGACAGCGAGGCGGCUCGCCCGGCCCCCGCCACUCCGGCCAACAGUAAAGAGAAGACUCCUAUGUGCCUGGUCAACGAGCUGGCCAGGUACAAUAAGAUUAAGCAUCAAUACCGCCUCACAUCGGAGACGGGACCCGCGCACAAGAAAGUAUUCACGGUAACACUUCGACUGGGUGAUACUGAGGAAUAUACUGCUGAGGGUUCGUCGAUAAAACGCGCGCAGCACGCUGCGGCCCACGCGGCACUAGACGCCACCGGGUUCCCGCCGCCCCCGCCCCGCGCCGCCACGCACCACCACCAUCACCAGCCGCGGCACGCAGGUGCAGUGAUGCCGACGGUGGAGCUGAACGCGCUGGCGAUGAAGCUGUGCCAGCCGGCGGUGUACACGUCGGUGCCGGCGCUGGCGGCGCGCGGACCGCUCGCGGCCAUGCCCACGGUCACUGGCGCGAGGGGCGGGUACAGGUUCGGGUUGGGCGGGGGCGGGGGCGGGCCCGCGCUGGUGUACCGCGUGCGCGUGAGCGUGGGCGGGCGCGCGUGGCUGGGGGAGGGCAGCACGCCGCAGGCCGCGCGGCACGACGCCGCCGCCCGCGCGCUGAGGGACCUGCGCCCGCCCGUGCCCGUGUCUGUCGCGCCCGCGCCCGCGCCGUCCGCGCCCGCCUCUACCGCGCCCGCUACCAACGCGCCCGCCGCACCGCACGACGCCGCCGACAACGAUGCCGACGCGGGUGCGGACGCACUGGGCUCCGAGGUGAAGUCGCCGGUGUCGCUGGUGCACGAGCUGGCGCUCAAGCGGAACCUGUCCGUGCUGUUCACCGUCAAGUCCGAGCGCGGCCCGCCGCAUAUGAGGGUGUUCGUGACGUUGUGCACCGUGGGCGAGCUGGAGACGGAGGGCGAGGGCAACGGCAAGAAGGUGUCCAAGCGCCGCGCGGCCGAGCGCAUGCUCGACGAGAUGCGGCGCCGCUGGCCGCCCGCCCUGCUGCGGCCCCGCCCGCCCCACGACCGGCGCCGGCACCAGCCCGCCAAGAAGAAGCCCAGGAACCUGAUCAAGGAGGGCGGGACGGGGGGCGGCGGGGCGGGUGGGGCGGGCGGGGUGGGGGGCGGCGGAGUGGGCGGGGGCGGGGGCGGGUGCGGGGGCGACAACCCCAUCUCGCGGCUGGCCGUGGCGCGACACGCGGUGCGCGCGCGCUCCCCGCAGUACCGCGUGGUGGAGGAGCGGGGCUGCGCGCGCCGCCGGGAGUUCCUGGUGCAGUGCGACGCGCCCCCGCACUGCGCGACCGGACUCGGGCCCAACAAGAAGACGGCCAAGCGCCGCGCCGCGCACAACGUGCUGCUAGCGAUGGAGUCGAGCGCUAACGGAAGCGACGCGGCCGGCACCUCGCUCGAUGCUGACGUCACCAAGCCCGCGCCCGCGACCGCUGCAGCGAUGGACAACAAACGGAAAGAGGGCGAGACAGGAGGAGUGGGGCUGGGGACAGGCGGCGGCGAGUCCCGGCAGCCGGUGCCGGGCGUGCUGCUCAUGGACUAUACGCCGCGACCCGCUGGUGCGAGCGAGACGGCGACACCAAGCGUGGGGGCGGGGCCGGGGUCGGGCUCCGGGCCCGGCUCCGGGUCGGGGGGCUCGCCGGGCGCCAAGGACCAACUGCUCUACCUAGCGCAACUGCUGGGCUUCACCGUGCAAUUCUCUGACUUCCCCAAGCGCAACCACGGGGAGUACCUGUCGCUGGUGUCGCUGUCCACGGAGCCCCCCGUCAUGUGUCACCGUCACGAACGUGCGCGCGCGCGCCCUGCGGGCCCUCGCGCUCAUUCACGGGGGCGGCGCCCUCCACCUGAGCACUCACACUACACUCACACACACGCGCCGCCCUGCGGGCCCUCGCGCUCAUGGGGCUCGACGCGCCCGCGCCGGGCCCGGCCCCGGCCCCGGCCCCGGCCCAUACCGCGCCCGGAGACCCGUGAGCACUAUACACACACUACACUCACACCACACGCGCCGCCCUGCGGGCCCUCGCGCUCAUGGGGCUCGACGCGCCCGCGCCGGGCCCGGCCCCGGCCCCGGCCCCGGCCCCGGCCCAUACCGCGCCCGGAGACCCGUGAGCACUAUACACACACUACACUCACACCACACGCGCCGCCCUGCGGGCCCUCGCGCUCAUGGGGCUCGACGCGCCCGCGCCGGGCCCGGCCCCGGCCCCGGCCCCGGCCCCGGCCCAUACCGCGCCCGGAGACCCGUGAGCACUAUACACACACUACACUCACACCACACGCGCCGCCCUGCGGGCCCUCGCGCUCAUGGGGCUCGACGCGCCCGCGCCGGGCCCGGCCCCGGCCCCGGCCCCGGCCCCGGCCCAUACCGCGCCCGGAGACCCGUGAGCACUAUACACACACUACACUCACACCACACGCGCCGCCCUGCGGGCCCUCGCGCUCAUGGGGCUCGACGCGCCCGCGCCGGGCCCGGCCCCGGCCCCGGCCCCGGCCCCGGCCCAUACCGCGCCCGGAGACCCGUGAGCACUAUACACACACUACACUCACACCACACGCGCCGCCCUGCGGGCCCUCGCGCUCAUGGGGCUCGACGCGCCCGCGCCGGGCCCGGCCCCGGCCCCGGCCCCGGCCCCGGCCCAUACCGCGCCCGGAGACCCGUGAGCACUAUACACACACUACACUCACACCACACGCGCCGCCCUGCGGGCCCUCGCGCUCAUGGGGCUCGACGCGCCCGCGCCGGGCCCGGCCCCGGCCCCGGCCCCGGCCCCGGCCCAUACCGCGCCCGGAGACCCGUGAGCACUAUACACACACUACACUCACACCACACGCGCCGCCCUGCGGGCCCUCGCGCUCAUGGGGCUCGACGCGCCCGCGCCGGGCCCGGCCCCGGCCCCGGCCCCGGCCCCGGCCCCGGCCCCGGCCCAUACCGCGCCCGGAGACCCAUUGGCGAACGUGUCGGCGGGCGUGGCGGAGUAAGCCGGGACACGAGCGCCUCACUCUACUCUACUGUCCUGUCCUGUCCUCUCCUGUCCUCUCCUCUCCUCACACCCUCCCUCCUCACCUCUCCCCCGUCUCUCGUCACGCGCUGUCCGUGCUCGCCCGCCCCCCGGCGAUAGCAGUAGAUUAAGAAUUUCCAAACGACGCUUGUUUUUGUGAUGUUCAUUCGUUCGGGCGAUCAUUAAAACGAUCGAAAAGGAAACGUACCAAAAAGAGGCUCAAACCGGGCGCCCGCGCCGGAGCUACCCAGAGAGCUGCUUAAAGUUUAUACGACGCGUGAAUGAUGACGGAUGGAUGAGACUGCGCUCUGCAGCUUUGUGUCGAUGCGUGUGGAUGGAAUAUGAGCUCCGAGGCGGGAGACGAGAGCGGGGGAGGGGAAGGGGGGUACACAUCAACAUGCGGCCAUGGUGUUAGUUUAGUGCAGCGCGGCGAGGGGACAUGUAGCGGAGCUUGUAGACCCCUCCUCGACCCUGACCUAUGAAAUGUGUAAUAUUAUUGUAGACUUGUGCUGCGCCGAUGAUCUCCACGAACGGACGACCGACUAGCGAGCGAGCUCGCGCCCGACGCUCGGACCGGGCUCGGCCGGAGCUCGUCCGUAGCUUGUUAAGUUUAGACAGUAUGUAAUCGUCUGAUGUAUGCCUGUUGAACUAUUGUAGCGUUCGACUGACGUGUAGCGUUUUCUCUGUACUCGCCAAAGUUUGUUAAGUGCGGAUGUGACGGAUCGGCGGCGAUCCUCGCUCCGAUCGCUCGCGUUGUGGAUUGUACGUUUCAUUGUAACGGGUCAAAUAACAAAUAUCACUUAUCUUAAGGUAAUUAAUUCUAUUAUAUAGUCGAUUACUUUCACGGAUAAGUAACUUGUAACCGAUUUCGAUAUAUCUCUAUGUAUAUUAUAAUAAAGGUGGUAAUUUCAUAGUGAAAUUUAUAUUGCAAUAUGAAUUCUCUUGUUUUGGAAACGAUAUUGAAUCGAGGCCAUCGAAAACGUUUCUUCGUGUUGAAAGUUGCUGGUGACUGAACAUAUUAUUGAGUAAAAGGCCACAAGGGCAUUAAAAGUGGUUUAUUUAUUUUGUUUUAAGUAACUAAUAUUUUCUAUUUUGCGGACAAAGAGUCGCAAUAAACUUCAUGCUUUUAGCAAAUGUAAGAAUACAACAAUAAAAAGUAACUAUUUA